AUGGCUUCUCUGUUCAAGGAGCAAGCAAAGCUCUCGGCUUAUCGAGAUAGGAGAUUCUCAGGAACGCAAGAGGAGUUCGACGAGGCGCUGAGGACAUCUUCGACUGUUUACAUUGGCAAUGUGUCCUUCUACACAACCGAAGAACAGAUUUACGAGCUUUUCUCAAGAGCAGGAGAGAUCAAAAAGAUCAUCAUGGGACUGGAUAAGAACACAAAAACGCCCUGUGGCUUUUGUUUCGUCUUGUUCUACUCGAGAGAGGACACAGAGGAUGCAGUGAAGUAUAUAAGUGGGACCAUUCUUGAUGACAGGCCGAUUCGUGUGGAUUUUGAUUGGGGAUUCCAAGAAGGAAGACAAUGGGGACGUGGUAGAAGCGGUGGUCAGGUUCGAGAUGAAUACCGUACAGAUUACGAUCCUGAUAUCCUUUUAAAGGAACUGGAAGCACAAAGGCAGCUCGUGGAUUACGGUACUGGCUCAUUGGGAUCGUAUGCCCCAGCUGCACAAUCGAAUUAUGGAAGGCGUGGAGGUUAUGGCCAAGGAGGAACAAAUCGCCAUGGAAGAGGUGGAGGAGGAGAUUACAAUCGGAAAAGGCAAAGAGAUGAUGAUAGGUAUGGACGUGACAACUCAAGAAGAAACUCAGACCAGGAGCCUAGGAGAGACGCUGAUAAUGACAUGAGACCGGAGAAGAACCCACGAUUCCGUGAGAGCGGUGACUCCGACGAUGACGGUGAAGAUGAUCGGAAGAGAAGAUCUUAG